AUGGCCAGCCUCGAGGAGCCGCUCCCUCCCCGCCCCCAGGAUCGGCCGCCCGCCGCUGGGGCCCAGCACGGCAGCGGCCCGGGCCAACGAAGCCCGGAACCCCCGCGCGGCGCGGCCAGCUGGGGGAGCGCGGUGGGCCUGGGCCUGGCCCCGGAGCCGCCGGGCCGAGACCGGGCGGAGCUCGCCGCGCCCCGGUGCCCGCCCCCCUCCCCUCCCCCCUCCUCCGCCUCGGCAGGCCCCGCGGGGGUCCCAGGAGCUCUCUGGGCGCUGAGCGCCGGCGGCUGCGGCUGGGUGGCGGCCCGCGUUCCGCUGGCGCUCGCCCUCCCCGCCCCGGCCCCCUCCCCCCGCUCCCCAUCUUCCUGGCACUUCUGGCCGCCGCCCCCCCCGCCCCCUCCCCCGCUCCUCCCCGCGCGUCUCCCAGGAAGGGAGGGCGCAGCGGCGGCGGCCCGCGGAGGAGGCGGCGGCGGCGGCGAUGCUGGCGGAGGAGGAGGAGGAGGAGGACGGCAUGAGGCAGCUCCCUUGAGCGUCCCCCCCGGCAGUAGUCCCCGCAGCGGCGGUGGCAGCGGAGGGCGGCGGCGGCUCCUCUUCUUCUCGCCUGCGCUCCACCGUUUGCUGCUCCCAGCCCGCGCCGGGCCCCGGCCGCCGCCGCCGCCGCCGCCGCUGCCACCGCGGCUGGUCCUCGACCCGGCGGCGCGCCGCGCCCACCCCCCGAGCUCCGCGGGCGCCGGCCUCGGUCCCGGCCCCGCCGGCGGCCCAACUCCGUUGUGGCCCCGAGGCGCCGGCUUAGCCCUCGCCGCCGCCGCCGCCGCCUCGCCGCCGCUCUUCGGCUCCGACAUGGAAGAUGGACCUUCGAAUAAUGGGAGCUGCUUCCGAAGGCUGACCGAGUGUUUCCUGAGCCCCAGUUUGACGGAUGAGAAAGUGAAGGCAUAUCUUUCUCUUCACCCCCAGGUAUUAGAUGAGUUUGUUUCUGAAAGCGUUAGUGCAGAGACUGUGGAGAAAUGGCUGAAGAGGAAGAACCACAAAGCAGAAGAUGAAUCGACUCCUAAGGAAGUGAGCAGGUACCAAGACACAAACAUGCAGGGAGUAGUGUAUGAGCUGAACAGCUACAUCGAGCAGCGCCUGGACACGGGAGGAGACAACCACCUGCUCCUCUAUGAGCUCAGCAGCAUCAUCAAAAUAGCCACAAAAGCUGAUGGAUUUGCACUGUAUUUCCUUGGAGAGUGCAAUAAUAGUCUGUGUGUGUUCAUGCCACCCGGGAUGAAGGAAGGGCAGCCCAGGCUCAUCCCUGCGGGGCCCAUCACCCAGGGCACCACCAUCUCCGCGUAUGUGGCCAAGUCCAGGAAAACGCUGCUUGUAGAAGACAUUCUUGGGGAUGAGCGAUUCCCAAGAGGUACUGGGUUGGAAUCAGGGACUCGCAUCCAGUCCGUCCUUUGCUUGCCGAUUGUCACUGCCAUCGGGGACUUGAUUGGCAUUCUGGAGCUCUACCGGCACUGGGGCAAAGAAGCCUUCUGCCUCAGCCAUCAGGAGGUCGCUACAGCCAAUCUUGCCUGGGCUUCCGUAGCAAUACACCAGGUACAGGUGUGCAGAGGUCUUGCCAAGCAGACGGAACUGAAUGAUUUUCUACUUGAUGUAUCAAAAACGUAUUUCGACAACAUAGUCGCAAUAGAUUCUCUACUUGAACACAUAAUGAUAUAUGCAAAGAACCUGGUGAAUGCUGACCGCUGCGCCCUCUUCCAGGUGGACCAUAAGAAUAAGGAGUUGUACUCGGACCUCUUUGACAUUGGGGAGGAGAAGGAGGGGAGGCCCGUCUUCAAGAAGACCAAAGAGAUAAGAUUCUCAAUUGAGAAAGGGAUCGCCGGGCAGGUGGCAAGGACGGGGGAAGUCCUGAACAUCCCCGAUGCCUAUGCAGACCCACGCUUCAACAGAGAGGUGGACCUGUACACCGGCUACACCACGCGGAACAUCCUGUGCAUGCCCAUCGUGAGCCGUGGCAGCGUGAUCGGCGUGGUGCAGAUGGUGAACAAGAUCAGCGGCAGCGCCUUCUCCAAGACGGACGAGAACAACUUCAAGAUGUUCGCCGUCUUCUGUGCUUUGGCCUUACACUGUGCUAACAUGUACCAUAGAAUCCGCCACUCGGAGUGCAUCUACCGGGUGACCAUGGAGAAGCUGUCCUACCACAGCAUCUGCACGGCGGAGGAGUGGCAGGGCCUCAUGCACUUCACGCUCCCUGCGCGCCUCUGCCGAGAGAUCGAGCUAUUCCACUUUGACAUUGGCCCAUUUGAAAAUAUGUGGCCUGGAAUUUUUGUCUAUAUGGUUCAUCAGUCCUGUGGGCCAUCCUGCUUUGACCUUGAAAAGCUGUGUCGUUUCAUUAUGUCCGUGAAGAAGAACUACCGGCGGGUCCCAUACCACAAUUGGAAGCACGCCGUCACAGUGGCGCACUGCAUGUAUGCCAUCCUUCAGAACAACUACGGGCUCUUCACGGACCUCGAGCGCAAAGGCUUGCUGAUCGCGUGUCUGUGUCACGACCUGGACCACAGGGGCUUCAGUAACAGCUACCUGCAGAAGUUCGACCACCCGCUGGCGGCUCUGUACUCCACCUCCACCAUGGAGCAGCACCACUUCUCGCAGACGGUGUCCAUCCUGCAGCUCGAAGGACACAACAUCUUCUCCACGCUGAGCUCCGGCGAGUAUGAGCAGGUGCUGGAGAUCAUCCGCAAAGCCAUCAUCGCCACCGACCUCGCUCUGUACUUUGGUAACAGGAAGCAGUUGGAGGAGAUGUACCAGACAGGGUCACUAAACCUCCACAAUCAGUCACACAGAGACCGUGUCAUUGGCUUGAUGAUGACCGCCUGUGAUCUCUGUUCUGUGACAAAACUGUGGCCGGUCACAAAGCUGACGGCAAAUGAUAUCUAUGCGGAAUUCUGGGCUGAGGGUGAUGAAAUGAAAAAGCUGGGAAUCCAGCCCAUUCCUAUGAUGGACAGAGACAAACGGGAUGAGGUCCCCCAAGGACAGCUCGGGUUCUACAACGCGGUUGCCAUCCCCUGCUACACCACCCUCACCCAGAUCCUCCCGCCCACUGAGCCGUUGCUGAAGGCCUGCAGGGAUAACCUCAGCCAGUGGGAGAAGGUGAUCCGUGGGGAGGAGAGUGCGCUGUGGAUCUCUGCCCCGGAAGCUGCCCAGGGCCCCUCCGAGAAGCUGCCGGUGAAGAUUGAUGACUGACCGGAGGGGCCCUUCCGCCCCCGCCUCUCUCUCCUCCUGCUUCUUUGACUUGGUUCCUUUUAUUUUUGAGAGGGAAAAAUCUACAGUUGGUAACCGGGGCACAGACCCCGCCCACAGGUACCAUCUCAUGUACAUGUCAAGCAGGCGACUUUCUGCCCGGCUCACGCGUCCUGGACAGUGAGCAGACAGGAACACCUGGCGUUCAGACAUCCACUGGCCCAAAAGCUCCACCUGGCUUUGGGAUGCCCCUUGCUAACUGGCCAGCCCUGCACGGACCUCAGUGGAGGUGGACAGAGAGCGCGUGAGGGGAGCUUGCCUGUCUGCCCACGAGGGAGUGGACGGUACUACACAGCGAGGGUCCUGUUCGAGCUGCCUGUCCAGUCGUGUGGUUUUGAUGGUGUCGGUUAUGAACGGGAUACCUGCACGUUGCUGUUGUGAGCGUUCCUGUAUGCCUGUCCCUGUGAUUAACGUGAGCUGCAGCCUACAGCCUCAGGACCCCGGACAUAGGGUGACAGUAACAAGUGAUAGGAGAGUCAAGUUCUUUCUCCAGAGCCUCUGCUGUAGGCAGUUUGAGGGUAUCCCCUAAGUUUUCCUCAGAGCACGUGGGUGAGGCAGUUAUCUGAAGCAGUGGGCCUCUGCUCUCUAGAGAGUAGGCACAGAGUGCACCCCGUGAAUCUCGGCACCUCAGCUCUCAGAUCAAAACCUGUCAAAAAUUUAAAGCGACUUUUUUUCCCCUCAUUGUAGCUUUGGCUAACUUUAUUUAAUCCUUGGCAUAAAGAACAAAAUAAAAGUAAGGCAUACAAAACUUUUCCUAAUGAACAAAUCCUGUGGACAUAAAAAUGUGAAUUUUUACCAAUGAUUCCAUUAUAUUUUCACUCUGUCAUGGCAAAAUCUUAGUUACAAUGAAGAGGAAAUUUUUAUUUUCAAAGUUAUUCCACUAAAUACAAGCUGUUCUUCUCAUCAAAUAGGAGCAGGAAGUCUCAGUCUCCUAUCAUUACACUUUGUCAGGUGGUUUCUCUCACCCCUUUACCAUGCAUUGGGGCGUCAUUGUCCUGAGGACAGUGGGAGGUGGCAGGGGCCACCGCACCACCCCAGCUUCUGUCCCCUUUGCCUUCCUUCCCUCAGGUCACACCUUCACAUAGAACCGUGUUCUGUGGAGAUAGGAGAUAGUUCUCCCAUGUGACUCUCUGGCUGCGCAUCAUGCUGCAUGCAGUUAGUGUCCAGAAACCCAACCCAGGACCCUGGGCCCCCCAGCAGAUGCCCGGGAAAGUCACGUUGAGCGCACGUCCGUGCCAUGGGCAGCUCGGUGCAGGGUGUAGAGAUGGCGGAAGCUGUGCUCAGUUCUCAGCUGAGCAGAUUAGAGUCCAGAGACGCAACAGCCCAGUUCAUAGGAGUUCGCCCCUUCAUCUGUCUCAUGACAAGAAUGGGGAAUGUGGCUUUACACUGAAUUUUUUGAAAUAUAUUUCCACCUACCCAGUGCUACACACUGUUAAUCACAUUGCCUGAUUCUUGAAAAAUUCAGUCAGGUUUCCACAACACGGUAAAUGUAAGUUGUAGCAAAGUUGGAGAAAUGUCAACCUUGCUCGGACUCUGGGUAAGGCGGUGUGUUCAGUUUCCCCAUGGGCUUCCAAAGUGUCCAUCUCCCCUGCCUGGAACUCAGAGGUACAGUGUCAGAGCUGAAGGGGGAACACCACCACAUGACGUCUGCACACACAUGUACACAUGUAUGUAAGUAUGUCAUGUAUGUAGACACACAGAUGCAUAUGCGAUGCACAUCUGUAUGUAUGUACACACAAGCACAUAUACAUAUGUGAUGCACACACACGAGAUAAGAGGAGAGGUGAGAGGAAGAAUCAAAUGUCUGUGGAAGAUAAAGAGUGCCUCCCCUUGCAUCGAGGCGGUGGUCACAUGGCUGGAUCAGUCACGUGCCCUCACUGGGCAUCAGAACUGCAGGCCAAGGAGUGUUGUGUAAGAUAACGGUGUAAUGGAAAAUGAUUAAAAGGAGUGCACAGUUCUGUUUCCACAUGUGGAGUGGGAAUCUCAUGACUGUUUUGCAUCUAAAGGUUGCUGUUUUGACCAAAGUGUCACGGAAACUUCUCUUAAUUUGACAUCAUCAAGAGUAGUACAUGACCUGUCGUUUGAACUGUUUCCCAGAGGGUCAUGCUAUAGGGCUGUCAGUCGGUUGGUUGUCACAGUAGAAACCCAGCUGGGACAGAGCUCUGUCCACUCACAGAACCUGCUAGUGCUCCUCUCCAUGUGUGCACUUAAUUGGGAAGCACAGAUUUGCCCACGUCCACGUGGGCAGGACACACUGGUAACAAUUGAUAAUUUGUCGGGGAGUAUUUUUUUUGUGUGUGUAUUGGGGCAGAUGUAUUUUAGCAGACAAGCGUUGGAGCAAUGUGCCUCAACUUUUUCUGAAAAGGACAAUAUGAGUCCAAAAACACAGGUAGAUGCUUUUCUGUUACCAAAAGUCUUCAUGGAUUUCUCAUCAAGGUCCUAUUUUUAUAUUAAGUCAAAUUUUCCCUGUCCACCAUAAACUCAGUAGCCAACAGUGGGUGUGUAUGUAUAGCAGGUUCCAUUCAGGGCAGCUCUAGGGCUGCAAUCUUUCCAGCUUAGCUGUGUCAAGGAAGCCUCGGAUGAGCUGGGCGGGGAGGAGAGAGCAGGUGGAAUCCUGGACUCCAUGGUUCCCACUCAUCCCUGGCUCAUUGAGGGCGAGGAGUGUGGAGGACUGUCAGAGUGUGCUCCCAAAAUGACCCGUUCCCACAGCAACAAAAACAGGUUAAUUAGAAACUGGAUUUGUUCCAUGUAGGUUUUCACUUUUUAGCAUGCUUUUAGCAUUUUUUUUUUAAAUUUUGUACAAUCUCAGUGAAGUUUGCCUCCUUGGUGUGUUUGUAGAUCUAUUUGUGCAGGAUACACAGAUGCACAAAUCUUUAGGUACCUGGCGUUUUUAGUAGUCUUACUUUGGGAUAUUGUGUUUUAUACUGUCUUAACUCAAAAUGAAGGUUUGAGCUUUAAUAGACUAAAUUAUUCCCCACCAUGCCUUGGCCCGUGCCUUUAUUUUACAUACCGACGACUUCCGUCUUCACUCAUGCAUUCACGACUCUGCUCGUCCUGCCAGAGGGUGGUGGCAGGCAUUUGUGUUGAGCUCCGGUCUAGGCUGAAUGGCAAGACCAUCCCCUGCUCAUGGGCUUCCUGUUCUUUCUAGCUCUCGGCCAUCAACCCCACAACUUCAGCCUGGGAGGCGCUCCCCUGAGGGCAGCGGCCCAGGCUGCGAUGGGGUUGGGUGGGGUUUUGUUGAGUUGCAGGCUCCUAAGUGUGAGCUUGGCCUGGAAGAUCACUUCUCUCUGCGCACAUUUUAAACCUGUGCCUCCCUUGUGUGUUCUGCUGAUUUUGUUUGGGAUGUGAUUUUUUUAAAGACUACUUAGUCAGUUUCCCCUGUUGCAAGUAUUUCCUGGCCUGACAACCGCAGUAAAUGUAAGUUGGCUGGAGGUUGCCGUCGGCCACCGCUCCCCCAGACCUGUCAGGCCCGGCGGUCGCCUUCUCCCACGCAAGAUCCGUGGUGAUGCCCAUCCGGCUGCCUUCUCAUGACAGACAUGUGACACUUAAUCAGUGACCCCCCAGAACACACAUCUUUGUUGUUUUUUUUUUUUUAACGAAGGGCUGUAUAGCUUGCUUAAAAAUUUAAAGGCAUUUAUAUAAUAUAAGCAUAAUUAUGUUUAUAUAAUAUAAACAAAAGAAAGGAGGUAUUCAGCACUGUUCUUGUUUUAAGCAGAGGAAGGAACAAAGAAAAGGAAAGUAACUCCUGAAAACACAUUGGAAAUCCAAAGAGGCCUCCCCAGGGUUCCCUGACAGAUACUUCUCUCCCCACCUCCGUGUGGAGAGCGGGGACUUGUGGCUUGCAUAGUCUUCAGGCUCUUGCCUGCAAAUCUGAGAAAGUGUCACUGAACGCAUACACCCAGGGUGCCUCCUGGUGACAGGGUGAUGCCACCCACGCAAUAAGGUGAGGGCAAACGUGCAGCUGACUCCAGACUUCACCAAGCAGAAGAGUCAGCCCAUGCAUUUCCGUGCUAGAAUCUGAGGUACUGCAUAUUUUCAAGAAUGUGGAAAGUUCUUAUUCCUAAUGUAAAUUGAAUUUCACAAGUCUAUAUUAUUUAAUGUUCUAGCCCACCUCGAAUUUCAGGGUUUCAUGGCGGCAGUGCCACUUUUGUUUAUUUCUAAGUCAUCCCGAUACCCAGUCCUAUGCUGUAUAAAUGACGUGCGGGAAUGGACACGCUACGUUUCAUUUGCUGUGCAAACUUAGAGUACAUUGGCCCAUAGAAGGUGUUUCUAGUCAAUGCUCCAAACUAUUAUUUGCAAUCAUGCGCUUGCCCACACACUGUGAAACACUUACCUGUGUAUAAUGCAGCAUUUUGAUUCAUUCUAAGAGGUGACUUUUGUUUAUACGGAUGCAUGAGCAGAAGGGGUCCUAUGUCCACACCUUGCCAAGGCAUCUCAGAGGCCCCUGGUGACCAGCUGCUGGGGGCCAUUCCAGUCUCAUGCAAACUGCACUCGUGAUAAACGGACCUGUGGCCGGUGAGCCUGAAGCCAAAGCCUUAAUGGGCUCUCUUUUGGAGGGGAAAGAAUUUCAAGUCCACAAUACCCAACUUUAUUAUAGUUGAUGAGUUAGUAAAUUCUAGAAAAAGGGAAAAAAUGAUUUUAUAUGUAUGACAUUUAAAAAACUUUGUAAAAUGCGCAAGUGCAAUAAUUUAAAGAAGUCUUAACUUUGCAUUUAUAAAUUAUAAAUAUUGUACAUGUGUGUAAUUUUUUCAUGUAUUCAUUUGCAGUCUUUGUAUUUACAAAAACUUACUGUUAUGUUUGUAUAAUAGAACAGUAAUCAUUUAUUAUAACCUAGGCAAGGUGUAAAUAAAUUCAUAAUUCACACAAUUCAGAAUAUAUGCAUAUAUGGGUGUUAUAUUGCAAAACCUAUCUUUGUUUUACUUACAUGCUUAAAGCAGCAAGAGAUCUUUUGUGGAUAUGUAAUUAUACAUAUAAAGUAUAUAUAUAUGUAUGAUACAUGAAAUAUAUUUAGAAAUGUUCAUAAUUUUAAUGGAUAUCCUUUGGUGUGAAUAAUUGAAUACAAGGUUUUUAAAAUAUCA